AGAUAUAGGAAAAUGAACAAUACAGUUUCAAGAGCUCGAUGAAGUGAGAAGUGCCAUUUACCAUAUGGUAGUUGGCAUGCAAUACCUAAGUUUUCGAAUAACAAUUAACAAAAUUUGUUGUGGUGAUAUAAAAGUGACCUGUCUUCGAAGAUGAUCCAUAAAAUGGAAGGGGGCAACGUGCGAAACGACGAUGAAAGUGGAGACGAGCAAUUAAGUUCUCUAGAAUCUAUGGGAAGUCUAUGGACCUUUUGGAGAAUGAGAAGAUAUAUUGUUGCAGUACUGGCUUUUUUAGGAUUCUUUACGUCUUACGCUUUGCGUGUAAAUUUGAGCAUCGCAAUUGUAGCUAUGACUGAAUAUAGAAACUUUACUUUAGAAAAUGGAACCGUCAUUAGAACAAGAGAUUUUGACUGGGAUACACAACUACAAGGUUAUAUACUUAGUUCAUUUUUUUACGGCUAUAUAACAACUCAACUUCUUGGUGGAUUGUUGGCGGCGAAAUAUGGUGGAAAAAGAGUGUUUGGUGUCGGCAUUGCCGUUACGGCGGCUUUAACUUUAGUUACCCCUUGGAUUGCACAAACAAGUGUCUACUUUUUGCUAGCUGUAAGAAUAAUUGAGGGAAUUUUCGAAGGUGUCACUUACCCAUGUAUCCACGCAAUUUGGGCUAAGUGGGCGCCUCCAGUGGAAAGAAGUCGUUUAGCAACAAUCGCUUUUUCUGGUAGUUAUGUAGGUACUGUAGUAUCAAUGCCUUUAUGCUCAAUAUUAGCUUCUGCACUAGGAUGGCAGAGCAUCUUUUAUUUUUUUGGUACAGUUGGUAUUAUUUGGUGUCUUUUGUGGAUGACUUUAAUAACGGAUUCUCCCGAAGAUGAUCCAAAAAUAACAAAAAAAGAAUUGAGCUACAUCAUCAAUUCUCUUGAAGCAAAAAGUAAUAAGAAAAUGAAAAUUCCUUGGUGCUCUUUCUUAACAUCAAUGCCUGUUUGGGCGAUAACUGUGUCGCAUUUCUGUGAAAAUUGGGGAUUUUAUACCAUGUUGACGCAAUUACCCAAAUUCAUGAAACGUGUAAUGAACUUUGAUCUGAACGCAGCUGGAUUUAAUUCAGCUUUACCGUAUUUACUAAUGGCUAUAAUGACUCAAUUUUCCGGCCAUUUCGCCGAUUGGUUUAUAGUCAAAAGAAUUUUAAGCGUCACUCAGGUCAGAAGAAUUUUCAAUUGUAGCGGGUUUCUCGCCCAGACUGUAUUUAUGAUGACCGCUACCUAUUGGUUGACACCUGCAGGUGCCACGUUCUGUAUUACCAUGGCUGUAGGUCUAGGUGCUUUCGCUUGGGCAGGAUUCAGUAUCAACCACUUAGACAUCGCUCCUCAGUAUGCUAGUAUAUUGAUGGGUUUUGGAAAUACCUUUGCCACUAUACCGGGUAUUGUUAGUCCAAUAAUAACUGGGUAUUUGGUUACAGACGAGACUAAUGUAGAUGAAUGGAGGAUAGUUUUCUAUAUUUCGUCAGGGCUCUACUUAUUUGGAGCCAUUUUCUACGGAUCCUUCGUAUCUGGCGAACUUCAGCCAUGGGCGAAAGAAACAGAGCCACUCAGUACCAACAAAGACAACUACGGUGCAUCUAAAACACAAAAAGAGCAAUCCUAUUAUGAUAACAACAGUUUUGUGCCGGAUAAAUAUAAUUAGUAUCACUCUGAGAACAAUAUUUUUAAGUUAUUCACCAACUUCACCAACGUUUAAAGGCCGGGACACACCAAUCAUGCAUCCUUCAAAUCCAACUACGAUCAUACGGUCGAACUAGUGUCUGAGAGGGAAAUGACUCUAGAGUUUGAACAGUGUAGUUCCCACCUUUACGACACGUGUCCGAUCCGACUCCAACACGACUACGAUCAUUCGUUGAACGGCUGCAGAACACGUGUCGGUCGGAAUUUGUAAUAAAAUGUUUGAGUUUUUGCAGUGAUUUUUUACUAAAUUGGCAAUAAUGUCGGGUAUAAACCAAAAAAAUGUUAUUGAGGAAAUGAAGACGUAUCCAGUACUAUAUGACCAGUCAAACGAGCAGUUCUGAAACGCCGAUUACAAUCUGAAAAAAAUAUGCGAAGGAAUUAAAUGUCAAUGGUACACUACAAAUUAAAAUAUUAUCUUAACUUAUUACUUACAAAGUAAACGCAUAAACACAAUCAAUUAAAAAGGAGAUACACACUUUUAUUAAAUGGAUACUAACUGAAUUAAAUGAUAAUACGAAAAUUAAACAAAAUUAUAUCAUAAAGGCCCACCCUACACUGCUAUCAAAUCAAAUUAAAUGCUUCGCGAUUCUUUCUUUGGAGCAAAAUCGAAACCGAGUCGGAUUGGAGUGGUAUAUGACAAGUGUGUCCAGACCUUUAAAUAGAGACCUUUUCAAACAAAUGUGGAUUGGGUUGCUGCUUAGAAGAUCUUUUACACAGUGGCGGAAUUAGGAGUGGGUGGGGCCCAUGGCGAAAUAUAUUUGUGGGCCCCUCACCGUAUCUUUUGGCUAUUCUAAAAGUACGUUGAGAAAUUUCUCAUGGGUACAUUGAGUAUUUUGUAAAAAGUAAGGAAAUAAAAACAUUUCUAUAAUUUUGUAUCAUUAAAAGUACCGAAAGAAAAA